GAGAGAAAGAUUCCUUUGGAAGACCCGAACAAGCUGCCGACCCGGGAAUGGGGAGACUUCUCCGAGGGAGAGAGCACAGGACGUCCUGCUUACUUGGACGACGAGGACAUGGCUGGGCAAGCUCAUGAAGCCGGGGAAGAAGAGGACUUGGAGACGGAUGCAAUCGUCGAGAACCCCGAAGACCAGAGUGGCUUCCCUAAGACCCCUUGCAAGCCCCAUGCCAAGCCGCCGCUCGUGGACAGCGACUCCGAGGCAGCUGCAGCCGUAGAUGCCUUUGCAGAAGACGCCGAGCAGAAUGCCGAUGCCCAGAAGGAGAGACGAGGUAUGAAGAGGCCAGCAGCCUAUGUUUCUGAGGGGCUAAAGCAAUCGGCCGAGAAGCUGCAGAAGCAGCUCUCCCAGCAGACCGCCAAUGAAGGUGGCAUCCUCGAGGUGCAGGCGAAGAUCAGGAAUGCUGCCUGCUUGUCCGAGGUGCAGACAGACGAAGCAAUGCACGGCCAAGGCUCCGCAAGGGGCAGCAAGGAAGCUGUGGACGAGGAUUUGGAUCAAGAGGACGAGCAGGCGACGAACGAUGCACUUUUGGAGGAGAGCGAGGCCGACAAGCCGAAGAAGCAGGUGAAGAACGAGCCGAAGAAGCAGGCCAAGACCACCAAGGAGGACGAGCCGAAGAAGCAGGCGAAGACCACCAAGGAGGACGAGCUGAAGAAGCAGGCGAAGACCACCAAGGAGGACAAGCCGAAGAAGCAGGCAAAGACCACCGAGGAGGACGAGCCGAAGAAGCAGGCAAAGACCACCGAGGAGGACAAGCCGAAGAAGCAGGCGAAGACCACCGAGGAGGACAAGCCGAAGAAGCAGGCGAAGGCCAAAGCAAAGGGACUAGCGAAGAAGCAGGCGAAGGCACCGGCCGAAAACACGCAGCCCACCACUCUGGAACAGGAAUGCAAUAGAGUGACGUCGAUGAGUGAUUACCAGAAGGAGAACAGGGCCCGCAACAUCCGUGCCAUCCACGCCAUUGCCAAGGACGACAGACGUAUGAAGGUCCCCUCCCAGGAUAUCCUCGACCAGAGCAUGCAACUCGCAUGCAUUGUUCCCGGUGGUUGCAAGGGAAGCCAAUUGCAAGUCUUUGCAAUGUGGGCAGCAAGGUUUCAGCUUGGUUGCUUCUAUGUCAACAAGACCUCGGAGAUCCACAUCCGAAAGUGCAAUCGUGUCUGGAAGACAGAGGUGCAGGUGAACAAAAAGAAAGGAUCCAACUUCUGCUGGUGGAGCCGUGCAUGCAUCGCUGCGAACUGGGAUGACCUUGAUGAGGCAUUCCUCGGUUCAGGGUUCGAUCUCAGUAGUCCAUACUCCAAAUGGCAGAAGACGCCGCAGCUGAAGCUGAAGAAGGCUCAGGGGCUCUUGAGCGAUCUGCUCCACAUGGGUGCAAAGUUCCACAUAGUCUGA